AUGGAAGCCGCCGCCGAAACAAACAGCGAUCUAGUCAACCUGCUCAACGAAAAGAACAUCACUCUCGCAGAAACCAGAACUGAAGCAGCCCAGAGCGCCGAAGCUGUCAACAAGAUCAUCGACGAGAAUCUUCAGCUCAAGGCCGAGAACGAGCGUCUCCAAGCUGAAGUCAGGGAACUCAGAAUCAAACUCUGGGACGCGACUGAGGAGGAACGCAUGAUGAACGCUGGACGCCUGCGCGAUGUUGUGAAGGUUCUUUGA